AUGGAUGUCACUAAUGCGUUCUUGCAUAGUGAUUUGGAUGAAGAGAUAUAUAUGAGUUUACCUCAGGGUUACACUCGUCCUCCUGGAACUACUUUGCCUCCUAAUGCUGUUUGUCGAUUGAACAAGUCCAUUUAUGGACUGAAACAAGCAUCGAGACAAUGGUACCGCUGUUUUUCAAAGGUUCUUCUCUCUGACGGAUUUAUUCAAGCACUUGCUGACAACACACUGUUUGUUAAGAUUGACUCCACAUCAUUUAUUGCUGUUCUGGUAUAUGUUGAUGAUAUCAUGAUUGUUAGCAACAGUGAUGCAGCAGUAAUGCGAGUGAAGAAGCUUUUGGAUGCAGAGUUCAAGAUCAAAGACCUUGGCCAACUCAGAUUUUUCUUAGGCUUGGAGAUUGCCAGAAAUUCUGAAGGUAUCUCUGUUUCUCAGCGAAAAUAUUGCCUGGAUCUGCUGAAUGAUGCAGGACUACUUGGAUGUAAGCCUAAGUCGGUUCCUAUGGAUCCGAAGGUGACACUCUCGAAGGACUCUGGUCUUCUCUUGGACGAUGGUACACCAUAUAGAGCGUUGAUUGGUAGGCUUCUUUACUUAACAAUCACAAGACCAGAUAUCACCUUUGUUGUCCAUCAUUUGAGCCAGUAUCUGUCAUGUCCCACUGAUGUACAUAUGCAAGCUGCAAUGCAUAUUCUCAAAUAUCUCAAGAACAACCCAGGACAAGGGUUGUUUUACUCUGCUAAGGAUGACAUAUGCUUAAAUGGGUUUGCGGAUGCUAACUGGGGUACUUGUCCUACUACAAGACGAUCAAUAUCUGGUGUCUGUGUUUUUCUUGGUGACUCUUUGAUUAGUUGGAAGUCAAAGAAGCAGAAGGUUGCCAGCCAGAGUAGCACGGAGUCCGAAUACAGAGCUAUGGCACUUGCUACAAAUGAACUUGUUUGGAUGCAACAAUUACUUACUACUCUGCAGGUUCCAGUUCAAAAGCAGGCCAAGCUCUUCUGUGAUAACAAAUCGGCUAUGCACAUAGCCAAUAAUCCAGUCUUUCACGAAAGAACGAAGCAUGUGGAGAUCGACUGUUAUGUUACACGAGACCAAGUGAAAAAUGGCUUCUUGAAGUUCUGGUCACUUUAA